AUGGAGGUGGAGAACAUGGACAUGCAGGAAAUGGUGGACGUGACCGGGCCGUUGCUGGAACAGAAGGAGUUGGAGGCAGAGGCCUUGCGGCUGCAGAUUCAGAUGCGCGACCGCGUCAUCGAGGAGAGCCAAUUUCUGGCCAUAGGGAAGAACUAA